CAAAAGAAACGUUUAACGUUAGCGGGUCAUGCCUGUGGAAAAUUGAUUUUGUUUUAAACCCCGGUGUCCACUUUACAAGAUUUCAGUGUAUUUGUUGCAAGGCACUAUAAAAAAUAACUUUAUUGUUGAUGUUAAAUGAAGAUUACUUCAUAAAUUGCGGUUUGUCACAACUUGUGACUCACAAGUAUAAAAAAUAGCGUUCAAAGUUCAAGAUAAAUAUUGUAAUCAUACUUACUUGAUAUGGGUAUGAUGAGAGAUAUGAUUCAGGGCAUAGGAGAAAUCAUGUCACUUUAAAUUAUUAAUUUCGAACAUUAAACCGAAGUAUAUUGUCCUCAUUAUGGCACCAUUGCUGUCUAGCUAUGAAACAUUGGUGCAUGCAGUGGCAGGUGCAACGGGAAGCGUUGUGGGCAUGGCUGCGUUCUACCCUUUGGACACAUUACGUUCCAGACAACAAGUUGAAGAUUCCACUAAGCUGCAAGGUUCUACUUGGGAACUUCUGGUUCUGAUUGCCAAAGAAGAAGGUAUAGGCUCUCUGUAUUGUGGAUUGUAUCCAGUUUUACAAUCACUCUCAGUUUCCAACUUUGUGUACUUUUACACUUUUCAUGCUUUGAAGAGAUCUUCUGUUGGUUCAACAGCAAUAAAAGACUUGCUGUUUGGUGUAAUAGCUGGUAGUUUAAACGUCUUGAUUACUUCACCUUUAUGGGUUGUCAAUACCCGAAUGAAGUUGGGUAAAAAUAAUUAUAAAAGUCUCUCAGCUGGUCUUAUUGAGUUAUUUAAAAAAGAGGGUCUGAGAGGUUUAUGGUCAGGUGUUGUGCCAUCCUUACUUUUGGUUUCAAAUCCUGCAAUUCAAUUUAUGGUCUAUGAAUCUCUAAAACGAAACUUUGUAGCAAUGAAUCGUUUCAAUACCUAUAGUGCAUUUAUUAUUGGUGCCAUUGCAAAGGCUAUUGCCACUACACUGACUUAUCCUCUUCAACUUAUCCAGUCUAGGCUAAGAGCUGGCACAAGUCUAAAACCUUUGUACAAAGAUAUAAAGUCUAAUCCAAAAAUCAUAUUCAGGGGGUUGGAAGCAAAAAUUAUGCAAACUGUUAUGACUGCUGCUUUGAUGUUUCUUAUUUAUGAAAAAGUUGUAAGAUUAGUAUUAACUAUUAUGAGAGUAAAGGUUAACAAACAUUAAAUUUGAUUUAAGGGCCUACUACCAUGGUUUUGUUUAGUCUUAAAGUGGGCUUUUUAACUAAAUAAUUUGACUUAGAAUUGUGCAGUAUGAAUAAAUAGUAGGUCAUUAUUAAUGUAAUAAAGUUGCAGAUUUAAAACUUAUCCAAAGAAUUUUGAGACAUGAUGAUAUUAAAAGCACAUAACAUUCCAAAGAUUUACAGUUACCUAAUACUUGAGGAAAAUGAAUAUUGUGGAAUUUACCUUAAACAGAAAUAAUCAUCAUCUACAUAAAUAGGUAAUUAAUUUAUUAAGUAAGUAUUUCAUAAUAAUUUAAAAAUAUCUUACAAGUAGAUAUAAAUAAACCAUGACAUUUUUAACUUAUGUUAUUUAAUUUAUGUGAUUGUUUGUGAUAUUUUUUUAUUUCUGUAACAUGAUAUAGGGAAAACUAUGUUAUUGGAUUUGGCUGUGUUUCAUUGGGUUAUUAUUACAAUUUUUUAUACUGGGAAGUAAGUGAAAAUAAAGUUUUAAAAAAAGAAA